GAAAAAGAAAAGAAAAAAAGGGUACUUUUAUUGAUAACCGCAAGAAAACAGCUCGAUCGACGAGAGGGAGAGAUUGAGUUCAAGAUCGCCUUGUCGACGGCGGCGGUGACAAGAUCCACGGAGGCGGUGACGAUAGCCAGCUCGUGCUAGGGUUUCUCCUUCUUCUUCCUCUUCUCAGUCGUCGAUCCCCUCAGGAGCAUACUUACACAGUAUGCGGUAUAUAGUGGGUCGUGGUACGAAUACAGAUACACAAUUCACCACUUAAAAAUUUUGGAUUCAAGAGGGAUAGCGUGCUUCGGUACACAAGUUGGUCAGUGAUAAAUGCCCCAGAUUGGUAAGUAAGCUUGCCAAGUUUUAGUUUUGGUGUCAUCUCAACAGAUUUUAACCUGUUAGCCCCACAGGCUUCAUAGUACAAAAGGUUCCUCGGUUUGUGAUGGCUGAUAUCUAAGUGUAAUUCACUUCAUGGCACUGCUGAACUUAUGGUGGAACUACAGUUUGAAGGGAGAAUUAUUACCACUAAAUCGUUGUUGCCUUCAUGUUGGUUCAAGUACUCUUCUAAUUUAUUUAUAUAUCCUGGACGAGAACUGUAAAUAUUGCUAAUGGUGGUAUUUGAGAAAAUAUGGAUCACCACUUUAAUAGACGAUUUCCGGCCAAUCCUAACGACUACAAGCUGUAUGAGGAAGUUGGUGAAGGUGUCAGCGCGACUGUCUACAGGGCCCUUUGUAUUCCACUUAACGAGAUAGUUGCUAUCAAGGUCUUAGACCUUGAGAAGUGCAACAAUGACCUCGACGGAAUCAGACGUGAAGUUCAGACAAUGACAUUGACUAAUCAUCCAAAUUUACUUCGUGCACACUGCUCCUUUACAGCAGAUCACUGUCUUUGGGUUGUGAUGCCUUACAUGGCUGGGGGAUCUUGCCUCCAUAUAAUGAAAUCUUCUUAUCCAGAAGGCUUUGAGGAGAAAGUUAUUGCAACCCUUUUACGCGAGGUUCUUAAAGCUCUUGUUUACCUGCAUGGUCAGGGACAUAUUCAUAGAGAUGUGAAGGCAGGGAACAUCUUGAUCGAUGACAAUGGAGCUGUUAAGCUAGCAGAUUUUGGUGUCUCAGCUUGCAUGUUCGACACUGGGGAUCGGCAACGCUCGCGAAAUACAUUUGUGGGGACUCCUUGCUGGAUGGCUCCUGAAGUUAUGCAGCAAUUGCAUGGCUAUGAUUUUAAAGCAGACAUCUGGUCAUUUGGCAUAACAGCAUUGGAACUUGCCCACGGCCAUGCUCCAUUCUCUAAGUAUCCUCCUAUGAAGGUGUUGCUUAUGACCCUGCAAAAUGCACCUCCAGGUCUUGACUAUGAAAGGGACAAGAGAUUCUCAAAGUCUUUCAAAGAUUUAGUAGGUGCCUGCUUAGUCAAGGAUCCAAAGAAGCGCCCCGCUUCAGAAAAGCUUUUGAAACAUCCUUUCUUUAAACAUGCUCGAUCGGAGGAAUAUUUAGUACGGACGAUACUUGAUGGUCUUGAACCCUUGGGUGAACGAUUUAGGACACUGAAGGGAAAAGAAGCCAAUUUUCUUUUACAAAACAAGACUGCAGCUGGAGAUAAAGAACAUCUUUCGCAGCAAGAGUACAUACGAGGAAUCAGUGCAUGGAAUUUCAAUCUGGAGGACUUGAAAGCUCAGGCUGCCCUUAUUCCAUCUUCAGAUAGUGGCUUCAGUUUAGAAGAAUUAAAUAAUAAUAGUAAUAAUGUCCUUGAACGUGUUGAUUCUAUCCCGCAAUAUAUGUCCCCAGAAAGGGUAGAUCACAAUAGUGCUGCAACUUUGGCAGAGGAUGUGUUGGAAGACAUUCAAGAUUUGGAGGGUCCAUUUUCCUCUGCAUUUCCGAUCCGCCCUCUUGAAGCACUUAGGGGUUGCUUUGAUGUUUGUGAGGAUGAUGCAAAUGCUACAAGCCCUACUUGGAAGAACUAUAAGGAUCCAAAUUCAGGAUCCAUAUUACCACAGCAGAAGCCAUCACAAACUGAAGACCUCGAUGCUAGCAAGUAUAAUGGUGAUUUUAUUGAAAGAAGUGCAUCUGUACCCAAGAAUAUGCAUGUAAUUGGACGGCACAAGUUCUCAAGUGGUUCACUACUGCCAGAACAUGUUCUUUCACCUUAUAAGCACAUUGCGGGUGAUGGAGAGAGGGAUGACCUCAAUCAGAGGGGUCAAAAUGAGAGGAAUCCUAGUGGUCCCCUUUUCUAUCGUCAAAUGAGAGACUCCCAUAAUUCUGCAUCAGCAAGCACGCAAGAGGAGUCAUCGGAAGGAAGAGUCGUCCAGCGCAAGGGACGGUUCAAGGUUACAUCAGCAGAUGCUGGCAACAAGGCAACACCUUCGGCAAAUUGCAUGGUAAACUCAGUCAGUGGAGCAUCAACAAAUCCAUCUGUAAAUGCUGCUAUCGUUCUUCCGCUGUUGCAGUUUCUACUCCAGCAGAAUGCUAUGCAGAGGGAAACACUUAUUAAUUUGAUCAAGUGUUUGGAGCAAACAUGUGGUCAGCAAGAACCCUCAGAUGCUGGCAGUAGUGACUUAUCACAGCUUCCAGUAAGGAGAAGGAGCUGCAGAGCUAUUUGGUUCAUCUGCAACAAAGUGUUGGGAGCCUGGGUGAUGAUGUGCAGAGGUUGAAAUAUAAGAAUGCUCAGCUAGAAAGGCAGAUUAGUAAUCUGUCAAUCAAGGAGGGGAAAAGGAAAGAAAAAGAAUGACAGAGCUAACACACAAUUAUGGAGGAAAUCAGAAGGGCAUAAUUUGUUUUGGCCGAGUAUCUUGCUUCCGACUUGUUGUAAAGUUUACUGUACAUGUAUUUCAUCUCAUAAAAAGUUUAUUGUACAUGUGCAUGGAGAACUGGGGGGCUUGGAUGCUCCCACAAUUUUUGAGAAGUUGUGACUUGAAUGCAGUAAACAUGUAAUGAUUUGUACAUUCAUUUAUUGUAGACUUCUUUACA